UACUUUGUUCGGUUUGAUUCAAUUGGACCACACAAUGAUAUGUCAUAUACAUUUUCCACAAAAAAGAUCAAUGAAGCAAGGUCACAUUUCAUGCAUGUACACACAACUGCUAGUAUGUCAAAGUACAUAGCCAGGUUUUCGUUGAUUCUCUCUAAGACAAUAAAAUUUCCAGUUAAUCUUGCUGAGGAUGAAAAUGGUCAUGUUGUCCUUGAUGAAGAUGGAGAACCCCGCAUACACACAGAUGGAACUGGAUUUAUUUCUGAAGAUUUAGCCCUGAGAUGUCCCAAAGAAUUUUGCAGCGCAAGAUUGAUUAGGGACGGAAAUUUUGAGCAAUUUCAUGAUUUUACUGAGCUCGAUGACAGAAAUUUGCAAGGAACAAGUUCUUGGAAUAGAGAAGCGGUAAAUGCUGAUAUUAUGAGCUUUUGUUUCCAACAUUUUCUACCUUUCUCCACUUACUAGUGGGUAAUAAUGCACUAAACGUGCUGUUGAAUAAAUGCGCAGCUAAAUAGAAAAGUAAAUAUAAUUUGAAAUCAUAUAUGUGUCAAUGUUAGUAUACAAUACAUAUAUACUUCUAGAAUACGUAAUGACUUAAAUUAGAAGAAAAACCAAAAUGAAUCAGGAUAAAAUUGGCAAGAACAUGAAAAUCUUCAAGGAAGUAAGGGUCCAUUUGGAAAGGAAGAAAAUGAGUUAUGGAAAAUGACUUAUGGAAAAUGAAUCAGUUUCCAGAAGUCAUUUUCUUCUCAUUUUGUUUUCUCUGUGUUUGGCUACCGAAAAUAGGUUUGAAACCUAAACGAAAAUUGGGCUACGAAGAAAGAACGACAAAGCCAGUUUGGGGAGGAAAAUCAAGAAACUUGCCUCAUCUCCCACUUGCAAAGGUGGAGGUGUGGAUAAUGAGCUAUUUGCCUUUGGAAUUAGCAAGAAAACCAAGAAAAAUUGAGUUUGCAGUGCCACAUGUGUGGCGGCAACGGCGGCGUCUGUGCGGCGGCAUCUGGGCGAUGGUUAAGGUGCAGCUGCAACCACGCAAAUGGCCAAAGGCGAUGUGGCGGCGAAGCUAUUUCAUUGUGCGAUGGAGGAAACUGAAUGCCAGAAAAUGACUUCUGUGAAAAAAAAUCCGGAAGUCAAAUUCCAUAAUUUAGGCCUCAUUUUCCAGUUGACCCUCUCCCAUUUUCCUUUGAUCUUUUUACCAAACACCUGAAAAUGGGGAAAAUGACUUCCAGAAGUCAUUUUCCCCCUUUCCAAAUGGACUCUAAAUUUAAUGCACAAGUUUAGCAACACAAGAUUUUUUGUUCCUUUCAUGGCCUUGCCUUAACAUGGAAACUUAAUAAAAAAGGAUAAAAUUUGAAGGAUCAUAAAAAUGAUUGGUGAAAGGUCAGCAUAUUGUACACAUUAUUGUGCAAGAUAUAUAAAUUGUAACAGUUUUCUUUUUCUUUUUUUUAAAUUCUGCCUUACAUUGGAAGCCGCUGCUAAUGCAAGUUCGUCUGUUCAACAAUGGGCGUGCUGUCAAAGGGACUCUUUUAAUUAACAAACAGAUUGGGCCAGGGAAAAUUCAGGUUAGACCUUCAAUGAUAAAAGUUGAGAAAGAUCCAAGACUUUUCGCUACGUCCACGUUUAACUCAUUAGAGAUAGUUGCAAUUAGCCACAAACCAAGGAGGUCUUAUUUGUCAAAAUAUUUGAUUGCUCUGUUGAGCUAUGGAGGAGUCCCUGAAGAGUAUUUUUUGUCUAUAAUGGAAAGUGCUUUGGAAGAGACAAAAACCAUAUACACCAACAGAAGAGCAGCACUAAAAGCCGCUGUGAAAUAUGGAGAAAUGGAUUAUGAGUUCACAACAGCUAAGAUUAUCUCAUCUGGGGUACCGUUGAAUGAACCUUAUGUCCAUUCUUGUUUAUCCAGACUGGCAAACAUGGAAAAAGACCAGAUUAGAAGAGGAAAACUUCCAAUAGCAAACAGUUAUUACCUAAUGGGAACAGCUGAUCCUACUGGGAUGUUAAACAGUGAUGAAGUUUGUAUUAUCCUUGAGAAUGGUCAUGUUACUGGGAAGGUGUUGGUGUACAAAAGUCCCGGUCUUCACUUUGGGGAUAUACACAUCAUGACUGCUAGAUAUGUACAAGAACUGGACCAUAUUGUUGGUAAUGCUAAAUAUGCAAUCUUCUUCUCAACAAAAGGACCGAGAUCAAUUGCUAAUGAAAUUGCAAGUAGUGAUUUUGAUGGUGACAUGUAUUGGGUUUCAAUGAAUCCUCAGCUAUUGAAUUACUACAAGGCAAGUGAACCGUGGAGUCCUCUCUAUGUAAUGCCAAAAGCAGUUGGUAGAAGGCCCUCUGAGUUUACACCUAAUGAGUUGGAGUAUGAAAUUCUUCGAACAUUCUUAGAAGGAAAGAAAUCUGGCAACAAUAUGGCACUGGCAGCAGAUAGUUGGCUAGCAUGUAUGGAUCGGUUUUUGACAUUGGGCAAUAGUUUUACUCAGGAGAAGGUUGAUUUGAGAAGAAAGAUGCUUCACUUAAUUGACUUGUACUAUGAAGCAUUAGAUGCAUCCAAAACUGGAAAGAAGGUCAACAUCCCUCCAGAGUUGAAGCCAGAAAAGUAUCCACAUUACAUGGAGAGGAGACCUAGUUACGAAUCUACAUCUGUUCUCGGUAAACUUUACAACUACAGAGAAUCAUCCAAGGCUGAAGAAAGUACUCGAAUCGAGAUUGGGAAACUACCAUGUUUUGAUGUUGAAGUUCCGGAUGCGUGUUUGGUCCUUUGGGGAGAAAGGUAUCACAAACACUAUUUACCAGAAAUGACAGAAGCCAUGGGCUGUGGACCUUGUGGCUCUGAAGUAAGAAAUGGUGCUGCAAAUGAUGUAAUCAAGAAAUACAAGCAGUUGCUGUACGACGCUUCUGACUUUGAAGACAGCGCGAGAAAGAUUGAUGAAAUCUUCAACGAAGCGUUGGCAAUUUAUAACGUGUGUUAUGAUUAUGCAAAGAGGUUUAAUGAUGUGAAGAAAUGCAGCUUUGCAUGGAGAGUAGCUGGUUCUGCACUUUGCAAAUAUCAUGCACUUAAGCAAAAGGGAAGACCCUUUCUCAUUUUACCAUCCAUUUUGCAGGAUAUUUUGUGAUGGUCAAGCAUGGGGUAUUUAUUCUACUUUGGAUAUGGUAGAUUUCAUUUUACUUUUAGGUUUGGUUUGGCACACGGAAUUGAUGGAAUUGGAAUUGAAUUGGGAGUUGAAAUUCUCUGGAAUUGAUUUAGAUGGAAUGGAAUUCUGUAAUUCCAAUACAUUUUUGGCACUACCAAUUCCAAAUCCACAUAUUUUUGUGAUAUCAAACAACAAAAUUGAAAUUGUUGUUUCCAAUUCCAAUUCCAUCAUUUGAAUUCUGUAUACCAAACGAACCAUUACUAUACUUUGAUUAACAUUUUUUAAUUUUACGGAGUUUAAAAUAUACUCCCUCCGUCCGGAUUUCAAGUUCCCAUUCUACGCUUUUCUCCGUCCGGAAAUAAAGUUCCCAUUAUACGUUUUCAUAUCAAAUCUUCCUAAAAUACCCUUAUAUCUCCAUUUCCCGUCCUUGUUUUCCUUUUUCUUUCUCGGCAAUGUCUUCUCCGCUUCUCCGCCAGAUCUAAAAAUCUGGAGAUCCAUUGUGCUGCAAGAGAUUCGAAUUGGGUCUGGUUUGCUCAGUAGAGAAGGAGAGAUCCAUCGAUUUGGUGCGGCAAAGAGUUCCGUCGCUUGGGGUUUGUUGGUGCGGCCAUCGAUUAGUUGCUGCGGCGGCCAUUGUUACUAGGACGGAUUUGGCUUUAGGGGUGUGGCGUAUCUGGUAAAUGAAGCCUAGGGGUAUUUUGGACAAAUUGUAGACAAAGUCAACUUCCCAUAAAAAUGACCAAAAGUCAAAAUGGGAACUUGAAUUCCGGACGGAGGGAGUAUAAUUUUAUGAUUAAAAUUUGUUUAAAUUGGAGUGAAGGAUGUGAACGACUCAUUUAUUUCUUUAAAAAAAGAAUUUUUUUAGAGGAACAAAAAAAUUUGAAAAAACAAUUAUCCUAAAAAUAAUACCACGUAAUUUUAAGUCACAUCAUUAAAGAAAAUUACAUUGUUCAAAUACAUGAUGUAUUAGGGCUAGGGGUGUAAACGAACCGAAUCGAAGCGAAUACCGAGAUAUUUUAAUUUGUAUUUGUUUAAUUUUUCGAAUACGAAUCCGAAUCCGAAUAUGAGACGAAUUCAAAAUAAGAUUUGAUUAAUAUUCGAAUAGUUAACGACUCCUAAACGAAUACUCCCUCCGUCCCACUGUCUUUGUCCACUUACCCUUUGGCACACCAUCCAAUGCACUUCUUUAAUCCAUUUUAUCUUGUAAUUUGUAUAUUAAAAAAUUAUACAAAUUAUAUAUUAAUAAUCUAUAUGUUAAGACGAAUCAAACAAGAUCACACAUGACUAUUUUUAGUCUUACACAUUGAGAGAAUUUGAUGAGUCAAAGUGCUUAGAUGAACAAUUCCAAAAGUCAAAAGUGGACAAAGACAAUGGGACGGAGGUAGUAUUUGAAUAAUCAUCAUACUAUGUAAUUUAUAUGAUGGACCAACAUCAAUUUGUAAUUUAACUUACGAAACUCCUUAUGCUAUAACUAUUAAAAAUCAUAUGCUUUA